AUGGCGGGCGGAUCGAAAUCGCAGAGCCGCAAGAAGAAGGUGCGAUCCGGCGAUGCGUCGUCUUACUCACUGGCGCCACUUCCUGGCACUCCCAUUCGCGAGGUUCCUCCUAGCGUCGCGGCAUUUGCUGCUCCAACCGGCAACCAGGUAUCGAAAUCCCAGCUUCGCAAGAAGAGGGUGCGAUCCGGCAAUCCGUCGUCUUCCUCAUUGCCUCCGCAUCCUGGUACUCCGAUUCACGAGGUUCCUCCUAGCAUCGCGGCAUCUGCUGCUCCAACCGGCAAUCAGGUAUCUCGACUGGCCAUUGCCCGUGAGGCUGCGAUCUCCCGCGGAGAGAUUCGCCAGUUGGAGAUGGAGCUGGAGAAACGAACGCUGGCCGCCGUGGGGAGGCUCCAGGAGUAUGACAUCGCUGCGAAGAGGAUGGGAAGAGCCGAGCAAUCGGAUGCGAUUCGCAAGAGACUUCGGGAGAAAGUCCAAGUCUUCGUCUAUUUUGAAAUGGAGCAUUGCAUGGGAGAGCUUCUCAGUGGAUGCGGCGCCCAUAGCUCCGACUGCUCCUACGUGCUUGUGAUCCUCAACUAUCGCCUGCCAUCGCUGGCGGCAUUGCUGUGGCAGAGAGCUAGGUUGCGAAUGUGCGCCGAUGGAGGAGCUAAUCGGCUCUACAACGAGCUUCCGUUGCUGCUGGGACAGGAGGAAUCGAUCGUGAGAGAGAGGUUCAUACCGGAUGCGAUCAUUGGGGAUUUGGACUCCAUUCUCCCGGAAGUGAGGCAGUUCUACGAAUCAAGAGGUACUGCUGUUCUAGACAAAUCUCACGAUCAAGACACGGUAGAUCUUCACAAGUGCAUCUCUUUCGUCGCCGAGACCACCGCAAGUAUCAAUAUGAAGAUUUUGGUGGUGGGAGCGUUGGGUGGAAGAUUUGAUCACGAGAUGGGAAACAUCAACGUACUCUUUUCUUUCAGGAGCUUCCGGAUCAUACUUUUCAACGAUGAGAGUUUGGUCUUUCUGCUUCCCAGAGACGUUCUUCACACCAUCCACGUCUCGCCCGAGCACGAAGGUCCGAAUUGCGGGAUCAUUCCUCUCGGCAGACCCUGCACAGCCACAACCACGGGACUCAAAUGGAACUUGAAUCAAACUUCCAUGGAAUUUGGAGGCCUGGUUAGCACUUCCAACAUGUUCGCGUCGGAUAAAGUCACUGUUUCCUCGGACAGUGAUCUUCUCUGGACCAGCAGCAUCAAACCGCGGAGUAGAACUUGAGUAAGAACUUAGAAAUUUCGUUCGUAUGCUAAUUCUAUCGUUUGCUGUCACCGAGUU